CUGGAGGAUAAACCCGAAACUUGCAUCCUUUCUGAAGUCGCCUCGGGUCUGUCGUGGUCAUUUCCGCGCGUCACUUUGUUGUAUCACAAAAAAGUGUUUUCCUAGUUGUUUACUAUUAUUUAAAAAAAUGGCUUCGAUUAAGGAAAGAGCUGCGGCGCUAAAUCUUGCAGAGAAAUUGUGUGCGCGCUCUGUGGCCCACAGAGUGACCAGUACAUCAACCCAGGUUUCAUCCUUGUGGCAUGACCUCGUCUUCUACCUCAGGUCUUCGGUGACUGUAAAAGAUCGCAGAGUCCACCUGAAGACAUACAGUGACUGUUUUCUUGGCUCAGAGGCUGUAGAUGUGGUGACAGAACACAUCAACACUUUUAAACACUUAGUGGGUGUAAACCUGUCUCGGGACAAAGUGGUGUGUGUGUGUCAAGCUCUGCUGGACUGCCGUGUGUUUGAGUUGGUGGGAACCAAAGUGUUUGGGAAUGAUAAGAAGCACUCUGGGUUUCAGGACAGCAAGAGUGCUUUUUACAGGUUCGUAAACAUCCACAUGCCUUCAGCUAAUGAAGUGGAGAGAAUCUUACUUGUGAAUGGGGUUCAGACACUCUUUUGUGGUCCUUGCUCAGACCAGACUGAGGAUCAAAUAUGUUCCACCGGGUCACGUGUUCAGAUGUGCACCCCUGUCAAAUUCACCCAGAUAGCACCAAAAGCAAGUCAGCUGGAAACGUGUACGACUGGCAGCCUGGCACUGGAGCCUGUGGUGCAUGGAAUGAGUCCCAGCAGAGCCCAGGCAGGAGCUGUUGUGCCUCAGCCAUUGUCAGAUGAGUUAUGGCAGGAGCAGACUUUGCUCAGGCUCCUAAACCUGGUGGAGCUUCCCCUCCUGGAGGGCAUACUUCACUGCAUGCAGAUCUCAUCAUCUCCUCCAUCACAACUUCAUGAGAAAACAGACCUGAUCUACACCAGUAACCAGCUGGAUAGACAGAUUCUCAGGGUCUUCAGAGACACUCAGGAGGAUGAAUGGCUCUGUGCAGCUCUGGACUGCCUUGACUUCCUACCUGAUCUGCCAGUGGUGGAGCUGAGCCGAGAGUUACCGCAGUUUUUUCUUCAGUACGAGAAGGGCUGUGAGACCGUUCCAGGUGGUAGCGGCAACCAAGAUGUGGACACAAGGGUGCAGCCACUGAUCUCCAUAUCAACUUCAAACCAAAGCAGUGACGAGCAGCUUCAGUAUUCACAGACAGGCUUGACUCGGUGUAAGCUUCUGCUGUAUAGGACUCUGGUCAAACACUACAGUCAAGCUGACAGGCCUCCUCUGCUGCCUCAGCUCAUGACUGACAUCUACACAGCCAUCAUCGACCUGCUGACAAAUGCUAAGUUGAGCACAGCUCUUGAGGCUUUGCAGCUGUGUCUGAAGCUUCUGCCACACGGCUGCCGGGAGCAGCUGCGCCGACUGCUGACAUUCAUGGCUCUGGCAGCUGAUCCACAAGGGAUAAAACUGGACAAUGACGUGGAGAACAGGCAGGCGGUGGUGAGGUCUUUCUCCAGAGCCAUUGUCCACAAGUCCCUUUCAAAAGAGAAGGGGGGACUCAUGGUGGUCUUCAUGCUAAGUAAUGUUGAAGAAAUCUUCAAGAUACCAGGUGCUCUACACAAGGUAGUGAGUGAUAAGCUAGCCAGCAUCGGAGAUGGGAAGCCGCCCAAUGAGACUGGCUUAACAGUCUGUCAGCAGGUUUCCAGUAGGAAUUACACAGAUUUGACCGGAGAGACUACCAAUCAGGAGCUAUGGGCUUUGCUGAAGAGCAUCCACCUGGACACCAAGAUCUCUGAGAAGGAGAGAAAGCGGCUGCUUCGACAGUUUUGCGGGGCCCACCCACAGAUAUUCAGCCAGUACUUUGGUGACUCUGCAAUUAGUGUACUGUAAUUUGUUGAAGAGAAUCACCAAUUGAUACAAAUGAUGCAAAAUAUAUUGGCUUUGGGGGGUGUCAACGCAAAUAUUUGACAUUGCUGGCAUAUACAUUUUAACUUUGAAUAAAAUAAAUGGUAUAUGUAUAUUGUUUUUUUUCUUAAUGUAAGUCAUAUAAACUCCAGUCAACAAAGUUUUUGUAUCUUUAGUGUGUAGGUUAGAAAAUGAAGGGUGGGUGUGUUCUUUUUUUGUAUUGGUUGUAGUGUUGCAAAUAGGUAAUUGUCUACCUCUCAAACACAAUUGCAAAUUAAGGAUGUGAAAGGAAGCUCAGAAGAAAUUGUGAGGUGCCGGACAAUCACACUAAACAUUAAUGGAAAUCUAACAAUGUCUAGAAUGACUUACAGUAACAAUAGAAUCAGCCUCAUUGUCAGAACCCAAAUCCAACCCAGUCAUCAGCCCUGAUUUCCUCAGACUAUGUCUGACCUAAAGAAGUUGCACAAGAACCAAGGUCCACACAAUAUUUGUUCUUAGUAAUGAAUUAAAGAACUAUUCCUGAUAUCUGAUAUUUUUAGCAAAUUCAAUUGGUCUAAAAACUGUGUGUUUGUGUCUGAGUGUUUAGGGUCUUUCUAUUUGGGUUCAUUAACUUUAGAGUGCAGGCUUGUAAAACUUAGAGUACUGUAAGACUCCUCCAGUCCUGUUGGGUCUUUCAUGUAUGGAGAGGUUUUACUGAACAA